CGGGGAGGCAAUUUUGUCAAUACUGUCGAUUUUGUAGCCAUGCCUAACAAACGCACCCGAAGUGAAAGAAACAUAAAGACUGGGUUGUCAGCAUUUAGUAGUUCUAUGAUUAGGGAUCAGCAUCAACGUGCAGUACUUGCCAUCGGUCUUCCCGCUACCCCUCGUCUUUCUUUUGGUUCGACAAGAACGAAAAUAGCGAUCUACAAUGGCACCCUUCCCCUCCCCAACCGCCGUGUGGCACGACAAAGCCUACCCGGAGAUCUCCCCCUCGCGCCCCGAACUUUCCGCGCACGGGAAAACCAUUCUCAUCACCGGCGGAGGCACCGGCAUCGGUGCCGAGACCGCCCGCCGCUUUGCUCAAGCCGGCGCCGCCCGCAUCGCUCUCCUCGGCCGCCGUGAGCUGCCUUUGCUGGACACCAAGGCCUCGAUCCAGCGGGAAUUUCCGGCUGUCGAGGUCUUCACAGCCCCCACGGACGUCACCCGCCAGAGCGAGGUCGACGCCGCCUUCAGCCAGUUUCUCAGACCCGGAGGGCAGAUCCAUGUCCUGGUGAGCAACGCGGGGAUGAUCGGCCCCAUGGUGCCUGUGGCCGAUGCCCCCGGCGAACAGGCCCUAGACGCCAUCCAACAGAACCUACACGGCGCGUGGUGGGUGGCGCAGGCGUUCUUACGCUGCGCAGCGCCCGGCGCCGUCAUCAUCGAGACCUCCUCCAGCGCGGCCCACGUGAACUUCGGGCCCGGGUUGGCCCCGUACAGCGUCGCCAAGAUGGCGGUGUUCCGGUUGUGGGAUGCGGUCGGGUUCGAGAAUCCGGAGUUGCGCGUGUAUCAUGUGCAGCCCGGGGUCGUGGACACGGCGAUGAACCGCGAGGCUGGGGGCAUCGAGGCACUCGGAUUCGAGGAUAAUGUGGAUCUACCUGCGAGCUUCUACGUCUGGCUGGCCAGCUCCGAGGCGCAGUUUUUGCAGGGCAAGUACUUGUGGGCCAAUUGGGAUGUGAGCGAGCUCAAGCGGAAUGCGGAGGAGAUUCGCUCUACCUCGCGACUGGGCAUUCAGCUGGGCGGGUGGCCGUUCGCAGAUGAUAGCUGGAGGCUUAAUUGGGAGUCUGAGAAUGUGUAAGGGUGCACCCCGGC